AUGCGAAGUUUUCACCGCAGAAAAUGGCGAUCAAUUUUCACAAACAACCGUGUCGGUACCGAGGAUAUCUCGUUCCCAUCCUCUGCCCCAAACACGCCAUAUCUUUCCCCACUGACCGAAUACACUUCUGAUGGACUUGAGAGUCUCGAUGAUGGAGAUCAUGACCUGCGAAUUGAGGCCCCGGUCGCGCUUGGUAUCUACAUCCCAAACGGAACGGAAAGACCAUCAAUUAAAUGCAGGGACCUUCUGCUCAGCUCCUUACUAGAAUGCGAAAACCAGCGGAGGGAUAAAGGAUUCUUCCCGAACAGUACAUUCACAACUCUCAUUAACGAGGAAGUCGUUGGACAGGAGCUGCGCCGCUGGCGUGAAUUUCGACAACUUGGAUCCGCUAAUCUUCACAGACUUACAGAAACGAUUUGCGGAGAUCGGUCAUUCAAAAAGAUGUUCGCUCUGCUGGUGAUUGUCAACAAGCUCCUAAAUAUUGAGACAUUCAUCACAGACAACAUAACAGACAAUGACCUGCCUUUUUGCAAGGUCUCUCGGCCGGGUUCCUAUCGAUUUGGACUAGGUCGGAAACAAAACCCACACGAUGCGUUGAGCUGCUUUGAAUCCUGGGGGCAUUCAUCCAUCAGGUUAUUCGAGGAAUGGCAGUGGACCGUGCUGGCCCCAACUUUUGAAAAGGGGCAGCGCAGAGAUGUCAAACAUGUGGUUCUGAGCCACAAACACCCACUGCCCUUCACAAGGGACAGCCGUCUCGAUUUAGACGACGGGAUCUCGCAAGGUGGUCACAGUACCGUUUUCAAGGUCGAAAUUCACCCGGAUCACCACAAUUUCAAUACACCCGUGGGGACCAGCAGUGCUUGCACCAGCUUUGCUGUAAAACACCUGUCCUCACGGGACAAGGACCGUUUCAAACAAGAGGUAGACAUGCUUGUCACCUUUAGUGGUGAUUCUCAUAAACAUCUGAUCUCUCUUUUAGCCACAUAUCAACAAGGGAACGAAUACUACUUGAUUUUCCCUUGGGCUCGUGCUGAUCUUCGGUCCUAUUGGAGAGACAUCAACCCCGAACCAACCUUGAAUCAAGACACAAUCAGCUGGAUGGCUGAGCAAUGCUAUGGCAUUGCUAGAGGCCUUUACAAAAUACACCAACACGAGACCGCAUAUUUCAGGAGCUCAGAUGAUCACCCAUUCGCUCCAAAAGAGCACAUUAGCUGCAGAUCUCAAAAUGGAUCGCUGAGGCUUUUCGGGCGCCAUGGAGACAUCAAGCCGCAGAACAUUCUGUGGUUUGAUAGCGCGAGAAGUGAACUCGGAAGACCAAUCCUGAAGAUAACGGAUCUAGGUUUGGCCGAGUUCAAAACCAGCAUUGCCAACAUAUACAGAUCAUCCAGUAAAAUUUCGAUGACCGCAACCUACCGACCGCCAGAGUACGACAUCGAGAACGGGAAAGUUGGCCAAUCUCACGAUAUCUGGGCUCUUGGGUGUGUAUUUCUGGAAAUGAUUGUUUGGCUUCUCGGAGGGUGGAAGCUGGUCCAAGAAUUUGAACAGUUACGUAUCGCCGAGAGGACGGGUCCUCGUUACCCCGGGGCCACGGAAAGCACCUUCUUCAAGGUGAAGAGUAUCAGUGAAGAUGGCACGUGGAAAGUGGUGGUCAAGCCAACGGUCACAAACUUCAUUAAGAGGUUACACGGCCUUCCAGCCUGCACAAAGUACUUGCACGAGUUUCUGGAUCUCAUCGAGCAGGAAAUGCUGGUAAUCAAGCCCACGGACCCGGCCGAGAAGGGGCGUAUUCACGCUGCUGCGCUCGCAUUCAGACUCGGCGCCAUGCAGAUCCUCAUCACAUCAUUGAAGAAUACCAAUGAUUUUUCAAACAUUGAUAUGGCUGCAACGUCGUCGACAUCCGCAGAUACCAAAACUGGCAGUCCCGUCAAGCACCUUGAGAACCUCAACGCGGAUCUGAAAGACCUCAAUACUCACGUUGACGGCAACACGCUUCUCGCCAACAAAGAUGAUCAGGUCCAACGGCUCUCGGUCCCCUCUAUAGGCCCUAACGUCGACGAGGUUACAUCCCUUCCAAAGGUUCUCUCAAGUUCUUUCGUGAGAUCCAGUACAAGCUUGUUUCCACGGAAAGAGCGCAAGCGUGGGCUCGGCCAAGAGCUGUCCUUCUUCGGCUGGGACUUUGACAGUCGAUCAACGGUGGUUAGGCAGGCACGUGGCAGGCAGGAGGUUUGGCGCAGCCGCCGCCUGAUGACCGAAGGAGCCGUCAACAGACCGCGUGCUUAG